AUGAUGCUCGAUUUAGUUAUUGCCAAGAAUUCAAGUGCUUCUGGCACGACGUUUGAAACGAAAUCGGGUAUUGGAACUUGGGUUGACCCUGAUACGCCAAAGGAUCGGCAUGUAUACACUAGCUCGCGUGGCCGACGAUGGGACCUUGUCAUGAGUGACGAGUUCAAUGUGCCUAACCGUCGCUUCAAACCCGGUGACGACCAUAUGUGGACUUCAGUCGAGAAACCUGACGGUGUCAAUGGUGCUCUGCAACUUUACUCGCAUAAUAUGACGGGUACAAGGUGUGACGACGACGGCACAUGUUAUUUCUUCAUCAAAGUGAAGGAUGAAUUGAACGUCAUUCACGUCUACAACAUGUACAAGCAUCCACCAGGAUUUGUUGAUGUUCCUUUCUACUACCGUGCGGGAAUGGUGCAGUCGUGGAACAAGUUUUGUUAUCAAGGUGGUAUGCUUGAAGUACGAGCACAAUUGCCAGGAGCAGUGACAAAGGAGUCUGGAAACCCAGAUCUUGCAAAAGGGAAUAGUGCCAAAGCCACAUCAAAAAAAUACUACCCAACGUGGCCUGGUAUUUGGAUGCUUGGAAAUCUCGGACGAGCCAUCUUCUCCGCUUCCACAAAUCGGAUGUGGCCAUUUUCGUACGAUGCAUGUGAGCCCGAUGUGUUUAAUCCAAAAUUCCAGCGCAUUAGUGCUUGCAAUGAUAAUCCUGGAUAUGGUCUGAACCCCAAUCAAGGUCGAGGUGCUCCUGAAAUUGACAUUCUUGAAGGCUCGGCUGACUUGGUUUCGUCGUCGAUUCAACUUGGUCCAGGAAUGCCGGAUGAAUACCGUAAAAUGGGUAUCGAUGCAUCCCAAGAUCAUUUCUCGUGUAUCUUCACUUCGAUCUGUAACACGAAAGGCGGAAACUUUGUGGGUGUACCAACUGCGAUCUAUAAGGCCCGUGGCUACAAGACGUGGUAUCAAGGUCUUCGCUACGCUGCCAAUAAUUUUUGUGCACCUGAUCCCAAGAAGAAGCAGGACUACGAGACGAUCGCUGCAUCGCUAAAGGCUGGCAUUACCGCGAAUAUUUGCUCACUCGACACUUGUCCUGCUUCGAACGAUACAUACGGAGACUUGGGUCCAAUUGACGGUAAAGGGAAAACACGCUGGGGUAUCAACUACAAUGGCACUUGUUACUCAUCGUGGAACGUCUACACCGGCACGUACCUCUGUGAUCCCGACAAUACGUAUUCGAAAUGCGCGAAGCCGCGAGACAAGGAUACACCGAAGUCCAAUGCGAUGAGCUCGUUUAACUACCAGAUGGACGCUAUAUCUGCUAAUUGGCAAACGCAUGUCGGUCUAUAUACCGACUUUGUCGUUUAUCAGCUCGAGUGGGUGACAGGCAAGAACGGGUACGCUCGAUGGAUGCUACACGGCAAUCCGUUGUAUGAGAUUCCAUCCAAGUCCAUUGUAGACGUCCCUCAAAAUUCCAAGAAGACGAAUCCGCAAAAGAUAAUGGUGGAAGAACCGUUGUACAUUAUUUUCAAUGUGGCGUUAGCAAGCACUUGGGGUGCGGCUCCUCCAAAUCCAACCGGGGAAUGUCGCGGCGAUGGUACUGUCGAAGAAGAUAACAAAAUCUGCGACUCUUUUCCGAUGUAUCUUAAAGUGGACUACAUGCGACUGUACCAAGACCUUGGAGACGAUCUUGACGCUGACAACUACAUGCAAGUUGGUUGCGAUCCAGCCAGCCAUCCGACGAAGAAAUGGAUUGAGGGGCAUCUUGACGAAUACGAGGAUGACGAGAAUCUUUGGAAAGAAGUGGCUGGCAAAGCCGCAUGCGAGCACAACGAUGACUGUACGGUCGGUGGAAGCGCUGGAAAAAAAACGUUGAAGACAGGCAAGUGUGUGAAGAAGCGAUGUGAGUGCAUGUACCCGUCGUCUUGGGGUGGUCCUCGCUGUACAACAGCUGUUUCAGUUUCUAAGUCGUCGUCCCGUGUGAUGAACAAAGAUUCGUAUGGCCCUCCAAUGGGACUAUCGAUCGGUGUAGCAGGAGUGGUCGUGCUCUUGUCUUUCAUCUCCGUCUACAUGUCCAUGUUCACGGUUGCUAAGACGAAAGCACUGACUGAUAUGAAAAAGCCGGCAGGCUACGACAACAGCGAGGACGGUUCUGCGUUGAAGGCUUCUAACGGCAGCGACCAAGGGCAACAACGUCAACCACGAGACAACUACAGUCAGAAUUUUGUAUAA